AUGCAACGUAUAUCCGAGUGGGAUUGUCAUGGACAAACUGUUGUGGAUAUGUAUGCGGGCCUUGGUUAUUACUCCUUACGAUUCCUUGUGUGUUGUGGAGCAAAGCAAGUGGUCAGCAUUGAUUGGUCAGACGAUAUGUGUGAAGCGCUAAGAAGGACCGCUGAGGCCAACGAUGUCCAGGAUAGAAUACUUGUCAUCGAAGGGGACAGUAGAAGGGUCACACCAUGUUUGGUUGCCGACCGAGUCUUUUUGGGUUUGGUGCCUUCAUGUCGAGCUCAUUGGCUCACCGCCUGUAAAGCACUUAAAAAGGAGGGUGGCAUGCUGCACAUUCAUGAAGUGAUCGACAUUACGACGAAAGUGCCGACAAAGGAGGUGCAAGCAAAAAAAGUCCCACCACCGAGACUCGAAUCGGUCGACGAGGAAGGCUCUUCAAAAGAGAACAAGCCUAUCGCAGGUAAGAGCAUCUCAAAUCCGCCAGUAAAGGAUGUCGAAGAAAAGGGUAAAGUGAAACGUCAGCUGUCUAGAUCGCAAUCUAUUGUCGAAGAACUGGAGAGCAGGGUGUUACCCACGCCAAAGGUCCUAAGAGAUUUUGAAAAAGGUGACUGGAAGACGCUAGCGGAGCCUUACAAAGAGUUUGCCAUGGACUGCGCAGCAAACUGUACUCGAUUUCUUAACAACAUUCACCUUUCGGACACCAUGUAUUGCGUUACCAUUGUCAAUAUCACAAGGUGA